AUGAAUAGUCAUAAUGUUUAUCAUGACUAUGCAUCCCUUGAUGAUUUCAAGGUUCUCAAACUCCGAUAUGAAAGAAUAGCAUUAGGUAAUAAUGGAAAUCAAACACAAUUCUCUAUGUACUCGCUUCUUCCUCAUGAUACGUACGGGUUACAAGAUAUGGUGAAAAAGUUCAAUUCAGAUCCGAAACUGUUGGCGCCCAAGAGUCUUAAUAAUCAUCUAAGGAAGGUGGAACUUUCUCGUGUGUCAAUUCCCAAGAUGAAAUUCUCUUAUGGUGUUGAUGCUAAGGAGUUACUUGAGGAUCAAGGGUUAACUUUGCCUUUCAGUGUGAAUGAUGCAGAUUUCUCAAACAUGGUUAAUGUCAAUCCUGUUACUAAUGUUUAUGUUAACAUUAUGGUUCACAAGUCUUGUAUCGAAGUGAAUGAAGAAGGGACAGAGGCUGCUGCUGCCACCUUUGUUGGUUUUUUAUGCGGCGGCUGGACUCCAAAUUAUAAGCCUCCUCCACUCCCUACCUUUGUUGCUGACCAUCCAUUUAUGUUUAUGUUUGUCGAAGAGUUUUCCAACCUUAUUGUUUUUACCGGAGCUAUUCUUGAUCCACGAAAGUAA